GAUACAAUAAAAAAAUGGAACCCAUUUGUAUAUCAGAUAUUGAAGCCAUAGCAAAAACAAAGUUGUCUGCAGAUGCUUGGCAGUAUUAUACGAUGGGUGCUGAUUCAGAACAGACAUUGUCAGAGAAUAGAAAUGCGUUUGACAGAUUGCGGAUACGCCCACGUCUUUUGCGAGGGAUCCAAGAAGUUGAUACAACAUGCUACAUCCAGAAACAGAAAAUAGCAUUACCAAUAUGUGUUGCACCCACAGGCCUUCAUAAACUAGCUCAUGCUGAUGGUGAAAUUGGAACUGCGAAAGCUGCUGCUAAGUUUAGGAGUUGUAUGGCUGUAAGUUCGUUCAGUACAACACCAUUUGAAGAACUUUCCAAAGCUGCACCAAAUUCUAUUUUUUGGAGUCAAGCAUACAUUUACAAAGACAAUCAGGUUACUAUUGAUUUCGUUCAAGGAAUCGAAAAUGCUGGUUACCAAGCUAUUGUCCUUACCGUUGAUACUGCAACAAGAAAAUUAAACAAGUAUCAGAAAAUGCGCGAUUUGCUAGCUAGUAAAAAUGAAAGAAUUUACACAGAAGUUCUCACAGAUGAUGCUGUAAAAGUUGCAGUAAGCUGGAGUGAUGUUGAUUGGUUGAGGACAGUCACCAAACUACCAAUAUUGCUGAAAGGUAUUCUCACAAGAGAAGAUGCAUUAGAAGCUUUAAAGCAUGAUGUUCAAGGGAUUAUUGUUUCCAAUCAUGGUGGCAGACAAUUAGAUGGAGUUUCAUCUACGAUUGAAGCACUUCCAGAGAUUGUCCAUGCGGUCAAUGGAAAGAUGGAUGUGUAUCUAGAUGGUGGAAUACGUAAAGGAACUGAUGUAUUUAAAGCAUUAGCACUUGGUGCUAAAGCGGUAUUCUUUGGAAGACCUGCUAUUUAUGGUCUUGCAUACAAUGGAAAAGAAGGUGUUGAGAAAGUAUUUCAGAUGUUAAAGGAUGAAUUUGAAAGAGCCAUGCUGCUUGCAGGUUGUGCUUCAUUGGCUGAUAUUACACCAGAUAUGGUUGUACAUGAAAGCUAUUACUGGAAAUUACCCAAUCACAAACUAUGAAAUAAAUUUCAAUCUUUACAAGUUUUUAUUUCUUUUUAUUUCUUAUCAAGGAGAAACCCCAUUGAUUUGUUACAUAAAGUUUAAAUUUUUCUUUCAAGUGAUAUUAUGUCGGUGGAUAUUUUGUGUGCUUGGAGGUCAAUAAAUUUAGAAUUACUUUAGAGUUUAAUUGUUAUUAUUGUUGCUUUUUUCCAUUUUUCGUAACUUUUUUGAUUCGCCCAAACUUACUAAAAGUGACAAUCUGUACCUCAUUUGGAAGCUGUCAUCAUGUAUCAAUGCAAGACGUUGUCUUUUCACUUUUUUCACCUCUGUUAAGAUCUAGAAUUAUAGACAAAAUUAAUGAAAUAAAGGCAUUUUUUCGUCAUUUUGUGAUCACAUGUUAGUAAGUAAGUAACGUGAAGUUUUAACGUCCUUGGGGAUUCUGUUCUAACAGCUGGCUCUUCCUCCCCUCCAACUGUAUCUAUGUUACAUUACCACUAGAGAUACAUAUAGCAUUAUAUUUUAUGUUAUAUUAUAUAUUUGUUUUAUUAUAUUCAUUUAGCAUAAAUACAAGGCAUUUUGUAAA